UACCCUCCCUUCACUCCUAGCAUCCUGGAUGGAGUGCUGUACAGUAAGACUCUGUGUAUGGACGCUAAACAUACCUGGGGAAACCACUAUGAUGUCCACAGUCUCUAUGGAUACGCCAUGGUUCUAGCCACCAAAGAUGCUCUAGAGCGUGUGUUUGAGGGGAACAGAAGCCUGAUACUGACCCGCUCGUCCUUCCCUGGAGUGGGGAAGUACUCCGGCCACUGGCUGGGCGACAAUGCUGCAAACUGGAACGACAUCAAGUGGGCCAUACCUGGCAUGCUGGAGUUUGGCCUGUUCGGAAUCCCUUACAUUGGUGCUGAUAUUUGCGGUUUCUUUGACGACGUGUCAGAAGAGUUGUGUCGUCGUUGGAUGCAGGUCGGAGCAUUCUAUCCGUUCAGCCGGAACCACAACGCCCAGCAUUACAAGCCCCAGGACCCGGCAUGGUUCGGUGCAGACUCUCUGCUGUUGAACACCUCUAAACAUUACCUGAAUAUCCGGUACACCCUUCUCCCCUACCUCUUACACCCUCUUCUACAAGGCUCACACUACCGGGACACCGUGGUCCGGCCCGUCAUGCACGAGUUCUACUCUGACAGUAACACCUGGACAGUGGACCGCCAGUUCCUCUGGGGGAAACACCUGCUCAUCACACCUGUUCUGGACCCUGGGGUGGAGCGGAUCCAAGCCUACGUCCCAGAUGCUGUGUGGUUUGACUAUGAAACGGAAGAGAAAAUUACAGUCCGUAAGCAGCAAGUUGAGAUGUACCUGCCUGCAGACAAGCUUGGUUUACACAUCAGGGGCGGAGCUAUUCUACCUAUUCAGAGACCUGCGGUCACAACUGUUUACAGUCGGCGUAACCCAUGGGUCUGA